AUGUUCAACUUCAUCCUGAAUACGCUGAAGUUCCUGAAAGUAUUAAUUUCUUUAUUUUUUAAGAAUUUAUUCUCACUUAUCUGUCCAUGCAAAAAAAAGUUUGCUGGAGAAAUAGUACUUAUUACUGGCUCCGGAAAUGGGAUUGGAAGGCAGAUCGCCUUAAAGUUUGCUCCUUUGGAAGCAACCUUGGUUCUUUGGGACAUUGAUGAUAAAAACAACGAAGAAACAAGUGCAUUAGCCAAAAAAUAUGGAGCUAAACGAGUUUUUACCUACCAUUGUGACUGCAGCAACAGGGAGCAGGUCUAUGAACAGGCAGACAAGGUUAAAAAAGAAGUUGGGGAUGUUACUAUUCUGAUCAAUAAUGCUGGCAUUCUGCGUGGAAAAAAGUUCUUGGACACUGCAGAUGCAGAUUUUGAGAAGACUCUAAGUGUCAACUUCUUCUCUCAAGUCUGGACUUUGAAGGCCUUUCUUCCAGCCAUGAUUGCUGCUAACCGUGGGCACCUGGUUAACACAGCCAGCUCAGCAGGACUCUGGGGAACCUACAGAGUGACAGAUUACUCUGCAAGUAAGGCUGCAAUCAUUGAAAUGAUGGAAUCCUUGGAUUCAGAGCUGUAUCAUACGGGAAUACGUGGCAUUAAAACCACAUUAAUUUGCCCUUAUUUUGUCAAUACUAAAUUAGCUAGAGGCUUUAAAUCCCAAACCUGCCUGCUUCCUGUUUAUGAACCAGACUAUGUAGCCAGCAAGAUCGUGGAUGCAAUUAGAAAGGAAAAGUUUUAUCUAAUCAUGCCUCUGACUGAAUACUUGCUUGCUUUCAAAAUUUUCACUCCUAGAAAAAUCUUACUGUUCAUCGAAUCUUGGUUAAAGAUACCCGACAGCCUGGAAAAAGCCUAUGGUCCGAAGAAAAAGGAUUGA